AUGUCCAAGGAGUCACUCUUGCCGACAUAUCGUACAUCUUUUCGUCGGGCGCACAACUCUUUUAUACAAUUUAGCGACCAUUUUAUAAAAACAAGAAAGUUUAGAAUAUUGAGUGCGACACUUGGACUAUUUCUGUGCUCCUUAUGGAUUGUGGCAAGAUUCGGUGGUACGGCAUUUAACAUUAACACUCUACGACGUUUCAGGCACAACGGGGCGGCCAUUGCGGCAGCAAGUGUUAUGGGUGAAUGUGGCGAAGAAGGGAUUUAUGGAUUGGAAGUGCAUGGAUACAUGUGGCCUAAUAGACGCAAACAUGAUUCUCAGAAAAAGAGCACCGAUGGUUCUACCUUAUUUACAAAAAUUGACGAAGAAAUGAAGGACGAAAAUGACUUUGUUGAUCUUGACCCUCUGUCCACUAUUGAAUAUGAAAUUUAUUAUUUGAUUCACGAGAAUCCGGUGGUCAUCUUUACCAAAACCGAUUGUCCGGAAUCGCAAAGUGCAAAAGACGUAUUAUCACAAUACGACAUUUUUCCGAUUCCCUUAAUAAUUGAAAUUGACAAAAGAGGCAAGUAUGAGGAAGAAGAGGUGAAAGAAGCAUUAACGAGAUUCACAUACCUAAACACGCUUCCGAGUAUAUUUGUGGAUAGCGUCCCUAUUGGCGAUAGCGAGGAAUUAUCAAUUAUGCAUAAAGAUGGGAGAUUAGAAAAAUUGUUAAUUGAUGCCGGCGUACUUGAUGAUCACGAGCUGUCUCAUCCCGCACUGUGA